AGCUGCUCGUUUCUCCGUUGUUUACCUGCAUGAACUGGUGUUCACGGAUCUUGUCGGUAAAUUGUACUGGUCGGUGCUUAAAAUAAAUCACCGUGUCGUUUGUUUAAGUGACAGUUUGACCUCUGCGCUGCCGACGUUAAACAUGUCGUCUGUGGAAGUCCGUGCUGUGCAGCUGCCAGCCGCAGAGAACCCAGUGAAGAUGGGUAAAACCGCGGCAGCAGCAGCGGGUCUGAGGAGAGCUGCUCUGGGAGAGAUCACCAACUUUCCCGGAGCAGCGGUCAACACUAAGAGGACGGGACCAGCCAAAGCAUCAGUCAAAUCAUCUUGCGCCCAAAAAGCCAAACCCACUUCAGUCCAGGUGGUGCCUCCAGUCGUCCAGGCCCAGGCCCCUGCAGCUCCUGUCCCUUCAGUUUCGGAGGCGUCAGCUGAUGUGUCCAUGAAGGAGGAGGAGGAACUGUGCCAGGCUUUCUCUGAGGCACUGCUCACCGUGCAGGACGUGGACGAGCAGGACGCUGACCUGCCGCAGCUCUGCUCUGAAUAUGUCAAAGAUAUCUAUAAUUAUCUGCACGUCCUGGAGGUGCAGCAGGCUGUACGAGCCAACUACAUGCAGGGUUAUGAAAUCACUGAACGCAUGCGAGCUCUUCUGAUUGACUGGCUGGUCCAGGUUCACUCCAGGUUCCAGCUGCUGCAGGAGACUCUGUACCUCACAGUUGCCAUCCUGGAUCGUUUUCUGCAGGUCCAGCCGGUCUCUCGCAGGAAGCUGCAGCUUGUUGGUGUGACCGCCAUGCUGGUGGCCUGUAAAUAUGAGGAGAUGUACGCUCCAGAGGUCGGAGACUUUGCCUACAUCACAGACAAUGCAUUUACAAAGUCUCAGAUUCUGGAAAUGGAGCAGCUGGUUCUGAGGAGCCUCAAGUUUCAGCUGGGACGUCCUCUUCCACUACACUUCCUCAGGCGAGCUUCAAAAGUGGCUAAUUCUGAUGUAGAGAGACACACACUGGCCAAGUAUCUGAUGGAGCUGACCCUCCUCGACUACGACAUGGUGCACUACCGGCCCUCUGAGAUCGCUGCUGCCUCCCUGUGUCUCUCUCAGCUGCUGCUCGAUGGGCUGCCGUGGUCUCCAACACAGCAGCACUACUCUACUUAUGACGAGGCUCACCUGAAGCCAAUCAUGCAGCACAUCGCCAAAAAUGUUGUGACCGUAAAUGAAGGCAAAACAAAGUUCCAGGCUGUAAAGAACAAGUACUCGAGCAGCAAACUGAUGAAGAUCAGCCUCAUUCCUCAGCUGAAGUCAUCGAUCAUCAAGAACAUGGCGGCUGCUCUGCUCAACAAUCCUUGAGGCUGGAUGAACUUUUACAUUUCGUCAGUGGACAUUUCACUUGCACUUUAUCUUGAUCUGAUCACAACCUGUGGAGAAACUUUUUAUAGAUUUUAAUAAAAUGUUUUUAUAAUUUUUCA